CGGAGCGUGGCCCUGAAAGCCUGCGCGCUUCUGCGAGCCCCCACCUUCUCGUACCGUAGGCCUCUUCUCCCGCGCGUGAUGCGAUUCCGCUGCUGACUUGUGGGUUUUGGGGACCCGGUGUUGUGAGCCCCGAGCGCUGGGGUGGUGGACGCUUGUCAUUCGUCGACCAUCUUCUCGGUUGCGCCUUCACAAUUGGGUUUCGUGGUUCUGGCCUUGCUCGCUCGGCUGGGCAGGUUGCUGCUGUGUUUGGAAAGCUGGCAGGCGUCGGAGCAUGCGCGCAGGCUACAUGUUGCCAGGGUGAGAGGAAGCAGGUGAUGGCGGAGCCCAAGGUGGUGGGCAAGGUGAGCGAUGCGGCUGCCCCCGCGAGUGCAGUGCAGGCUGUGGAGCAGGUGAAGGUGCGGGAGGCGGAGGCGGAGGUGAAGGUGAAGGAGGAAGAGGAGGAGGGGGAAUGUAGCGUGGACGAGCUUCUGGAUCAACACCAGGAGCUGCUGGAUGGCAUGCUGUCGGAGGGAUAUUUGGACGAUCAGUUCAGCCAGCUGCAGAUGUUGCAAGACGAGAGCAGUCCAGACUUCGUGGAGGAGGUGGUGACGUUGUUCUUCGACGACACGGAGAAGCUUCUGGAGAAUCUGACGGAAUCGCUGAAGACGGAUCCGGUAGACUUCAAGGUGGUGGACGGGCACGUGCAUCAAUUCAAGGGCAGUAGCUCCAGCAUUGGUGCGCAAAGGGUGAAGAAUGUGUGCGUCGCUUUUCGGCAUUGUUGCGAUGCGGAGGACAAGAAAGGGUGCGUGGAUCACCUGGCGAAGGUGAAGGAGGAGUUCAACGACGUCCGGAGCAAACUGCGGAAAAUGCUGGAGCUGGAGAAGAGGAUCAUGGCUGCGGGGGGCGUUCUUCCUUUCGUGGAGUGCUGACGCAGGUGGUGAGAUGGUAGGGUAGUCGUUGUGUGCACACAGCCCGUAUAGAGGGCAGGAGCACCCUGGAGGCAUGGGGGUGUAGAUUUUUUCCGCGUGCUUGGUUGGCGAGGGAGCAGACGGGCAGGGCGAGGGGGUGUGCAGAAGGGAUGUUGCGGUGGCAGUGGCGGCGGAGGAGCAGGCGUGGAGCAGCAAUACGGAGAAGGAGCGUGGACGGGGAAAGGGAGGCGGUGGUGUGGUAGCGAAGGAGUGGUGCAUAAAGUGGUUGCACGGUGGGGCGGAGGAGUAGGUGGGUGUGUGGACUUGGGAUGUAGGGGCAUGGGCACAGGGAGAUGGGUGUUAGGGCAGGGAAGGGAGGGCAGGGUGGAGGGUAGAGGGGAAGGUUUUCGAAAGGCCGUGCAGAAGGUUUCCGUGAUCCGUGUAUCUGUAUUGGCAGGUGGUUGUCGUCCGAGGUACGAGAGAGGCGGGGAGGGGAUGAUUGCACCAGCAGUUGUUGGUUGUUUUUGUAGUUGUUGUUGUGGUGAUCAGAUCUGAUGAAAGGAUCUUGAUGACAUUAGCUCAUUGGUGGUAAUUUGAUAGUUACUGUUUAAGUCAGCUUAGAUAUUCGCUCUCCCAACAUAGUCGUGUGUGUUUUGUUUUUAUUGCAUGGUAUGUUUGGUUGAAAUCUGUAUUAAAUUAAUUGCUUUCUUUUUUCUAGUUAA